AUGGCGGCGCCCCUGCUGGGGGCGGAGGAGGAGCGGCAGCUGUUUGCUGCAGAUGGAGUUCGGGCGAUCAUGCAGUGGCCCCCCGGAUAUUCAGUAAAUGCAGCGGAUUGGGUGACAGAGACAAAUGAUGCAUUCACGAGGCCCCUCUCUCACUUCGUCGGGGAGUUCCUGUCUGUGCCUGCAGCAGCAAGACCUGCAACGCCACUUCGCAGCAGCAGCAGCAGCAGAAGCAGCAGGCAGCAGCAACGAGGACGCCCUUGGUGGGGCUCAAUGGUCGGCCCCGACAGCAACGGGGGCCCCGGCUUGUUCACUGAGGCACUCCUCUUUAGAGAGCCUCAGGGGGCCCCUGAGGGGAGGGGGCCCCCUCCCUCAGGGAGUUGUUGCUGCAGCCCAGUAGGAGGGGGGCCCCCACAGCAGCAGCAGCAGCAGCAGCAGGAGUGGCACGGCCCGCCCACCAGUGGGGAGGAGCUGGAUGUGGCUGCUUCAGAUCCCUCAGCUUUCCUUCAGCAACAAAGCAGCAGGGGCCUCAAUAGGAGCAGCAGACGCAGCAGGCAGGGGAGGCGGGCUACUGUAGCAGCUGCAGGGCUUAAGACAGCAGCAGAGCGACAGGGCUCAGCGGGGUUCUGCUCCAGCUGUGGGGCCCCACAAGGGCCCCAGAUGCAGCAGAGAAGAUCACUGUCUCAGCAGCAAACAGGAGAGGGGCCCCCAGUAGGGCAUAGGAGUUACAGAAACAACGCAGCUGUGGGGAGCCCUGCUGCUCAGGGGGCCCCCAACGCCGCUGCUGCUUCUUGCAAGCUACUGCUGCAGAGACAGAAAGAUGUGCUAAAGCAGCAGUAUCAACAGGUAGAACAGCUGAGGAAGCAGCUGCAGGAACUUGAGCAGGCGCUGGCAACGCUGCAGCUGCAGGGCAACGCCAACAAUCUGCAGCAGCAACAGCAGCAGCAGCAGCAGCAGAAGCAGCAGCUGGCCUUUCCGCGGGUGUCGGGCCCAUCACUGACACUGUCAGAUCUUCAGCCUGUCGACUCCAUAGAGGAGGAGGACUCCGUUUGCUGGAGCCUUGACCCUCGCGAUUACAAAAACAUGACAGCCGCUUCGGUGCAGUGGAUUCCGCCAGCGGGGAUAUCAUCGCGCCAUUCGGAGCACUGA